CUUCCUUUUUGAGAGUAUAUAGAAAAUGUCUUGCUUAAACAUGUUAAGCAAUGAACAACAACAAGUCCUUUAUGGAGGACCUACAAUGGGUCCAAGAAUCUCAUUCUCAAGUGAUUUUACUCACGAUUCAAAACACGAAAACAGUUACAGGGAACCUCCUGUUUCAUCAGAUUUCGAGUUUUCCAUAUCGGGAAACUCGAUGAUCUCAGCUGAUGAAGUCUUCUUUAAAGGAAAGUUAUUGCCUUUAAAGGAGAGCUGUGGUAAGAUUACAACUCUUAAGGAUGAACUCUUACUCGAGGAUGAGGAUGAAGAAGGAGAUGUUUUUUCGAUAAUUCCUAAGAGUUAUGGAAGGUGGAAAGAAAGAUUGGGUCUUAGGAGAGGUCAGAAUCAUAUUAAUAAUAUUGGAUCUAACAAAGGUGGUGAGGAAAUUCUUAAUCUUUCUCCUUUUUCUCUUCAAGACAAAAAGGGAGUAGUCAGAUCGUGA